UUAAUAGUCUGAUUGCUGUUUCUCUGUCUUUGGAUCUGUCCCUGUUCAUCAGUCUAUGUUGUUCUCUAUAUUCCACAAAUGAGUGAGAUCAUGUGGCAUUUAUCUUUCUCUGACUGGCUAAUUUCACUUAGCACAAUGCUCUCCAGUUCCAUCCAUGCUGUUGCAAAUGGCAAGAGUUCCUUCUUUUUUACCACAGCGUAGUAUUCCAUUGUGUAGAUGUACCACAGUUUAUUUUUUUGACUGCAUUUCUGUGAAAUGUCUUCCCUCCCCCCCCCAUAGGCAUAUCCCUGGAGGCAUCUCCCUACAGAAAGCAGAUUAGUGACUGCCUGAGGCUAGGGCGGGAGGACAGGGAGGGGGCACUGGGAAAGGGAGGUGACUGUUAAUGGGUUUAAAGCCCUACAAUUGGCUUCUCUGAGGGGGCGUGGCUAGGCCCUGGGGGCGUGGCUGGACUAAAGAGCGGGAAGAGCCAGCUUAAAGCCCGGCUGAGGAGCAGCAGCUCACACUGUGGUGGCUGUUACUCCUGGAGGCAUGGAGGAGUGCUCUUGCCUGUGCGUCAUGGGCUCUUCCCGGGGAUGUUGGUGUCGUCCGAAGCGCCAGCGCCCCGCUGAGAUGGCAGCGGCCGUGGGCAAGCCGGUCCCGGCAGAAAAGCACCUGGAGGCGGACGCGGCAGCGCGGUGCAGUGCGGGGUGUGGAGGAAUGGCGAGUCCCAGGCCGCCCCCGCCGGCCCCGCGCUGCUCGCUGCAGGACCUGCCGGUGGAGAUGCUGGUGGAGAUCUUCGCCUGGCUCCCCGGCACCGACCUGCCCAGCCUGGCCCUGGCCUGCACCAGAUUCCACCACAUCCUGCACAUCGACGGCAUCUGGAGACGGCGCUGCCGCGAGGAGUAUGGCGUUCGUGAAACCUUGCAGAACCUGGAGACCAUAGGUAUGUCUUUCCGAGAAGUCUACGCGAAGAUGUUCCCAUACAGACACAUUUUGGGUUUGUGGCAGCUAGAAAGUAGCUAUAAAAGACUGCUGAAUGUCGUGGUGGACGGCUCAGGCAUCACUGGUUGGACCUACAGGCCUUCCCUUCACACCCAUGUGCAGGGCCCAAUGCAGUUCGAGCCCGCGUUCCGAAUCCGCCUGACGGAGCGGACAUCAGCCGCGGUGGAGUGCAUGGAAGGCCGCCACCGCCGGCCCCACCGCCGCCGCCUGCAGAUUCGGAAGGACAGGCUCACCACCCUGUGCAACAAGACAGACCACCGAGGGGACUCACCGACGCGGCUUAGGGACGAAUUUGGGCGGUGGCUGGUGCAGGAGGACCGACAGCAGUACGACUGCCUGACCUACCGCCGCCUCUACCUCCCGCCGAGCCACCCGGACGACCUCAUCAGGCCAGGCCUCUUCCAAUGCAAAGACGAUGACUUCGGCCUCAUGAUCGCCAUGCUCAGCUUCCAUGGGGAGCAUGCCAGGCUCACGAAGGUCACGGGAGACUUAAUCUGGACGUUAGAGAUCCACCUCAGGCGCCGCAUCCAGCUGCGAGAUGGCGAGAUCUUCCGCAACUUCAAGGAGCUCUCCCGCGUGGUCCAGGAGAUUGACCAGCAGGUGACCCGGGGGCAGCAGCAGCAAGAAGACGGGGCUGAGGACAGCGAGGGCCAUGCCUGGCAGAGCCCUGCCCAGCCCAGCGCCGGGAAGUCCGGGGCUGCAGCUUGGGAGGAGCAGCCUGUCCCGUUUGUUCUGCCUGCGGGCGUGCGCGCAGGAGACCAGAGCUACCCCCGGGCCUGCAGGAUGUGUUUCUAUGGCACGGACACUGGUAUCUUUGAUGGCUUCCACCACCUCAAGCCCUUCCCUGGAGUCUUCAUCCUGUUCGAUGAGAACCACUUGGGGUUCAUCUGUCUGGAGAUGAAAUACUUCAUCCUGUACAGCAGAGUCCAGAACACCUUCCAGAAUGUGGAGGCACCAUCCCCGCAGGCUUUCCUGGAGAUGCUCUCGAACAUUCAGUCCUGACCCCCUCCAUGUUUUUUUUUAACAUGA